AUUACCUGCCAACGCUGACUGACUAUCCAGAAUAACAAACGUUGCCGUUUACGAAUAUAUGUACCUAUAUAGACACACGCGAGUAGUAGUUCGCACCAUUCUCGCACCAUUCUUGCAUUCGUUUACGCGCUAGGGAUUUCUUGGUCAAAUAAGCUUUGUGUCCCGCUAUCUGCAUCAAUUAGAGGAGUAAAAUAACUGAAUAAUAUAUAACACAAACAGCAAUCAAAGAGUAAGGUACAUAGAUGGGCAGGGAGAUUAGCAGGCCAGUCAGGGUGAGGGAGAGCAGGAAAAGGGAUGAGUCGCUGUUGACUCGAAUGGUCAAUGCUAUCUUUGCUUUUGUAAAAUAUGCAGAAUUUGAAAUAUUCUUCCUGUUCUUCUUCCUGGUUGCGUUUAUCAUCUUCAAAGAUCUCACAUCGAGGCCAGAAUACAAUCAAAUUCUUGUGAAGAAGCAUGGUGGUGUGGACUUCUGGGCUUUCUAGAAAGCCACUGGAAGGGUGAUGUCCUGCAAAAUUUUUCUUUACUUAUAGAAUGUUCUUUUAUCGAACUUUCUGUGAAAAUCUGUGUAAUUUCAUAUGAACAAUUUUUAUGUGUGUAAUUUCAUAUGAACAAUCUAUUUUCCUGUAAGAAUCACACUUUGACUUAUUUUUAUAGAAAACAUUUUGUUUCUGCUGCA